UGAUCGGCAACGCGAGGCCGUGGAGAGCGCGGCGGCUGGUGGCGCGCAGGUGCCGGAACGACGAGAGCCGCGCCGCCGCCUCCCCCCCGCCGGUUCGGCGAGGCAAUGGGCUGGCCGAGGAGCCCCCUUCAUUAAAGUCUCGCUCAGUCGGGCAGUGGUGUGUAGUCGGCGCUUGGCGUUCGCCGGGAGGCGAGCGGCGGCCCAAUCGAAGACAGAGCUGCGCGCGUAGGCUGCACGCAGCCGGCACUCCGGCCCGCGACCGAGCAGCAGCGGCAGCGGCGACGACGAUGCGAUGGCCGACGCGAGCGCAAAUCGCUCCGCUGGAAGAAGGAGGCGGCACAGAGCCUCUUCGGACAGCGAGCUAGCGGAGGGAGAUGCCGGUGGUCGCUGGCAACAAAAAUGGCUCCUGCACGAGGGCCUGGACGUGGACCAGCUAGCGCGCUACCGGCGCAGGAAGGUGCAGGGUCAGCCGCGCGACCACCUCGGCUGCAAUGCCGAGCGCGAGCCUGACGAGGACGACGACGAGGACGAGGAGGACGCGCGCAAGCGGCUGGUCACCGAGUACAGGCUCGCCUUCCGCGGCAGCAGCGACGACGUCUUCCACGCGAGCAGCGAGGCACGGACCCCCCCGUCGCCGACGCGGCCCAGGCGCGACCGGGCUCCCUGCGGCGACAGCGACAAGGCCCAGAACGGGACCGCGAUGGACUUGGCGGCGGACGUCGCGAGGAGGCCGGCGCCCGUGAGAAGACCGACCGCGCUGCGCAACGAGGGCGACUUCAGCUCGCGAACCGAGUACUCGGCCUUUUGCGCCUAUCCGGGCCUGCACCGCUCGGAGUUGCGACGCCGCGGCACGUCGCUGCGCAUGGAAGGCGAGUUCGACUCGCGAACCGAGAAGAACGACAAGUUCCUCGACUGGCCAGCCGAAUUUCGCCGGCGACCCGAGCCGGCACGACUGCCCGCCAAUUUGAGGUUGGAGGGCGAGCUGGAGACGAGCACCGAGUGCCACGAAAAGUACGUGCCGUUCGUCGGCGCUAGGAGGCCCGAAAUUCUACGCCAGUCGGCGCACUUGAGACUCGAAGGUGAUUCCAGCUGGACCCCCGAAUAUACCGAUGUCUUCCGCGAGUACAACUUCGUUGAGCGCCAGCAUCCUAAAAUUCCGGAGGCAAAUUUAAAGCCAGGUGGUGGAUUUUACGAAAAGACCGAGGCGAAAGAGUUUUUCGCAAAUCCGCGCGACAAGGAAGCCGAGUUGAUGACUGAGCUUGCGAAAGGCGCUCAAGAGGAAGAAGAACGGAAGAAAAGAGAAGAGCACGAGGAGAAAAAUCGCGCGAAACAAGAGGAAGAGAUGAAACUAUUAGUGUCUAAGUUGGAAGGUUUGCAUGGUCCGCCUCUGGAGGUUCCGGAAUACAAAGACGCUUAUAAGGACUUUCCACGAGAACGGCCGAAGCUUGCAAAACCGGAAGAUGAAAUAGGCCGAGCGGAUGGUUCGAAAGUUCCGAGCGCAACAGCAAGUCCAAGGCGCUUCAAAACGAAAAUCGAUCAGGAUCCAGAGUACAAAUCCAUCUAUCUUGAUUCAAGUCGCGAACGUCCUGUCUUUCAUCGGCCGCCACUGUCGCUACGGUCGUCCAGCCGCAGCAGCUUUGCCAGAGAAAGAAGGGACUCGAGGCGAUCGGAUAUUCAACCUGCGCUCAGUGAGAUUAGGUCGCAAUACGUGAGCUAUGGUCAGGUGCCGAGGACAGAGACCAUGAGAAUGCCGGCUAAUCUUAGGCUCGAAGGUAAUAUGGACCUGGAACCGGAGUAUCGCAACGCUUACCGUGACCACCACCAGCCACGUCGACGCAGUCGAGAGCGAAGUCUCAGCGAAUCCAGACGCAACAAUAACCAUUGGCUAGACAACGAUAAUGGCGAAUGUUUCGGCACGGUCAACGCUGCCGAAGACCAAGAUGCGUUCCAGGUGCUGCAUACGCGGGUCCACGAGGAGAGCGUUGUUGGCAAACCACCACCUGGGAACCGAAGGACUUCGAGGUGCUCGGUGGCACGCGGUUCGCUGCAGCCGGACGUUAGCCUGACGAGCGAUCGAUUGCCGCAGCUACGCAACCGCUCGCCGAGUCCUUCGUACCGCCUUCAGGUUAGCAAUGUCGACGAGGAACCUCGCGGCUUUGGCCAUCGGCUCAGACCUUCGCCUAGUCAGAGUUUACUCGUCCAUACGUCCGAUCACCGUCGCAGCCCCUCGCCCAUUCAAGCGCCUGCCGAGCGCGCAUACUCGCCAAGUUUCGCCCGAGAAAGUCCGAGCGUUCGAUUGCAGCAGCAGCAAUCAUUCGUCGUGCUCGACAAUCGCGAUGACGACAAUGAACCACCGAGGCGACGAAGAACCGAUCACAACUUUAAUCCUCGAGAAAGUCUGGCAAGCAUCAGGACUAGCAAUAGACACACAACGAGGCCGCGAAACAAGACGCCACCGAAUUGGAUGCCACCUUGGUACGAUAGCAGUACAAGCACGAUUUAAAGCGUUCGACAAGUGAAGUUGGCCGAUGCCUUUCACGUAGUUGGAAUGUUUUUCUCUAAUUGAGGCGAUGUAGCAAAACGUAUGUAGGGCAUCAAAGCUCGCUGCCGAUAGAUGCAUUAUAGAUAAAUCAUUUGUUUUUCCAUCGAAACAAAGUUUAUCUAAGGUUCUGAUAAAUGAAUUGUUCACGAUCGAGAACCGUUGCGUUCGUUUAUUUACUGUUGUUAAACAUUUGAAUAUUGUUUUGCUCUGAGAUUUAUAUCCGAGAAAUAGUUACUUACGAACUAGUCAUAGAAUAGUUAACCAUUUUAUAUUGUUGUUAAGAGAUCUUAUUUUUAUCCACAUUAAACUUUUUAUAUAUAUUACCCGCUUUUGAUUGUUUCGAGUGUUGGUGUGGCAGAAUAGUGUUCAAAUUUCAUUCUUUCCACUCGAUUCUAUAAUAUGUAAAUAAUAGGAGUAUCAAUGCCUUUAUGUGUACAAUGGGAACGUUGAAAUAACAAUAAAUUAUGAAAAAUAUGUAAGAUUAUGUAUCUGCCAAUGCAAACAUUUUCGUAAUAACGCAAUAUUCAGAAAAAUUUAAUAUUCGUAUACAAAUACAUUUAAUAAGAAGCAUACAACACGACGAAUGUAGUUACUGCCGACUGAUAUAUACUAUUAUCGAUUAGUUGUAGUUGCCGAAAAAUUCUUCAAAAUAGUUCUUCCAUACAUAUUUUUAUCGAAAUAUUGGAUAACUAAAUUUUAUUAUACACAGAUAUUUUUCAACGAUUGGCAUUAGAACAAUUAAAUGUACGGUGUGGUUCGUUCGCGUGAAAAAUUUUGUUUUUCUACUUAUCAUAAGUCCAAUUAAAAUUUCCUUUAUAAUAUUGAAAAAUGCAUAAUACGCAUAUGAUCAUGUUACUAAAUUUGUAUCGAAAUUUAAUACUAAAUGCUAUAUGUAAAAGUAACUGUAAAAUAAUUUUGUAGAGAACUUAGACGA